GCGGCUGAAUUCAGGUUCCCUCUGGUUCUGAAGACUUUUUAAAAAGGGUAGGUGGAGUUUCCCCUCUCCCCCUCUCCCCAGACCUCAGUUUGGUCACAGCAGCUGGGUGUUGCCUCUCUCCGGUCUCUCUGCUGGUAACCCCAACGGUCCUGGUCCUGCUCCCCCAACUACACCACACAUCUGCCACUCCUAAGCAAGUUUCAAACAAACUGGAACCAAGAGAUUGAAGAUUUUAGACACAAACCAUCAAAACCCUCCAAUGGAUCAGCACAAGUAUCGCACGGCGGGCGUCCAGGAGAAGCUGGAGAUCAUCGGGGUGGAGGAUGAGGCCGGGAACCCCAUCAGCGCCCUCACUAUCCUGUCGCUGCUGGAGCGCGUGGCUGGCAUCAUCGACAACGUCCAGUCCUGCCAGCAGCGCAUGGAGGAGCGUCAGCUGGACCUGGAGAACAACAUCAAGACCAUCCAGGGCGACGUCCUGAAGCUGGCCAAGGACCACACCGACACCAGCAGCACGGUGGAGAAGCUCCUGCAGAAGACCCGCAAAGUCAGCGCCAACGUCAAGGAGGUGCGGACGCGCGUCGAGAAGCAAAACGUGCGAGUCAAGAAGGUUGAAUCUACGCAGGACGAGCUGCUGACCCGCAACAAGUUCCGGGUCGUCAUCUAUCAGGGGGAGACAGAGGUCCCAUCAGUGGCCGUCACUAAGUCUCCUAAAGGACUCGGCCUGGAUGGGCUGGAGAUUGAGCCCGACUCCUACGACGUCCCCGCUGACCUCUCCUCUGAUGAAGAGUACCUGAGCGUGGAGGAGACGGACUCCUCGCGAGCUGCUCGCCUCAAGAAAUCUGUGGUGAAGAGCACAGAGUCCCUGAAGGCCGCCUUCUCCAAGGAGAAGAUGAACAAAACUAAAGACAACCUCGGCACCAAGUUCCACAACCUGGGCGAGAAGGUCAUGCCGCACGAGCGCCGGGAGAAGAUGCACCAGGCCGGCGAGCGGCUGAAGCAGUCCGGCGAGCGGCUGAAGGAGAACAUCGCCAAGAAGGCUCCGAGCAAAGAGACCUUCCGCAUCAAGCUAAAGAAGGAGAGGGCCGUCGCUGAGGGACAGGAGGGCGCAGAGGCCGACCCCGAGGCCCAGGCCCAGGUCGAGGAUCCACAGGAGCCUUCUCCGGGGGUCGCCUACACCGAAGUUGGCCUGGAAACCAAGAGGGAGGGGCCAGUGGAGGAGGCUGGCGCCACCCGGAUAGGAUAGAAAGACAACAUGAAGAAGAUUGCACGCGACUGGACAGCGCUGACAGGGAGAGGAGUUGGGAAACUCGUCUGUGAUUGGUCGACAACAAGGAUGGACAUUUUCAUUAGACUUGAGAUGAAAACAAAAUAUCAAUAUACGAACUGGUUAUUUAUUAAAUGUGCAAAUUAACGUCACGUGACUGUUAAAUGUUUUCACAGGUUUUAACAAACACAUCAACUAAACCACUUGAUCUGAUACAAACUGGGACGUGAAUGUGAGAAUCGUUCUUUGUGAUUUAGGUUUCAGGUUUUCGAUUUUAAAUAAAAGUUAAAGUUGUGUUUGAUUAAAUUAUGAAUCCAGAAGAGAGAUUGUUAUGAUGUCACUGGGGUCAAAGUGCAGAUAAGUUUUAUGGUUCGAAGAAAAAUACCCGAGCAAGAAUUUGAUCCAACGUAGAAAAGACGUUUGAAGAUCUUUGAUCUGGAUAUUCAAACCGUGUGCAGGCCUCAGCUGGUCUCUGAGAAGCCUGGUGGGACAGAACGUGUACAAGUACAAGUGGAGUAAAACAUCAGCUGAGACAGAGAGUUGUAGCAGCGCCGUCACUUCCAUUUUCUUUCUCUUCAUUCAUACACUGGCAGAUUUCUAUUAAAGAAAUAUACAAGUUAUUCCUGCGGCUCCCAGGAGGAUAAUCAGCCGGAGUUCACGUCUGUUACUGUCGGGACGUCGCUGAUUCCAGGCUGGUCAGAUCCUAACCCAUUUCAAAUAGCAAAUAUAUUUGAUAUUUAUCUUUCAUAUUUGAGAGCAGUAGUAUGUCGUAUGAAAGGAGCAGCGAUUGAGCAGAAACCUGCGAUAGCCAAUGAGAGCGAGCGGACCAGGAAGUUCCACUUACCUGAAUCCUUGUGUUCAAAACUGAAACAUGGCGUAAAGAAGACCUUUGUGUCUCGUACCAAGUGGACAGUUGAAGAGGACACAUUAGACGAUUCACAUUGUCUAAUGUGUCCUGUUGUUUGUGAGGAACGCAACCAGCUGACGAGGACGCAGACCGACUCCAUGUUUGUUUUCAUUCUGAAGUCACGUCUGAGUUUCUGUGAGGUCUCAAGUGGAGUGCGUGUUCCUGCGUCUCGACUGGAUCCUCUGUGUCGUUCUCUUAUUCAAUAGAAUAAAAAUCAGUUCCAUCUGCUGUUCUGUCUGUGGUUUUUAAAAUCAGUUACGUUUUAAGGCUACAUCCACACGACUGCGAUCUCGGAUCAGUUUUAAUCCUCGUCCACUAAAACACCUGAAAACAGAGAUCACAUGACCUCAUGUCCACUGAGCAUGUGUGUGCCGGUGUAAACAGACAUCUGGUCUCCUCAUGUAAGCAAGUAACACUUUGAUCCUCCAUGUUGUUUCUACUCUGGUAGCUGAGGCUGGUUGUUCAUGAAGGAGGUCACAUGACAAGAACCUGACGAAUCAGAGGAGGCUACGUCGUGACCGUAAAGACCCAAUCAGCAAGAGGUUGUGAGCGUCCACGACAUUGUUUCCAAUAUACAUGUUGUUAGUGGGUUUAAGGUGGACUGAGCUCUGGGGUUAAUGGGUUUAAGGUGGACUGAGCUCUGGGGUUAAUGGGUUUAAGGUGGACUGAGCUCUGGGGUUAAUGGAUUUAAGGUGGACUGAGCUCUGGGGUUAAUGGAUUUAAGGUGGACUGAGCUCUGGGGUUAAUGGGUUUAAGGUGGACUGAGCUCUGGGGUUAAUGGGUUUAAGGUGGACUGAGCUCUGGGGUUAAUGGGUUUAAGGUGGACUGAGCUCUGAUGUUAAUGGAUUUAAAGUGGACUGAGCUCUGGGGUUAAUGGGUUUAAGGUGGACUGAGCACUGGUGUUAAUGGAUUUAAGGUGGACUGAGCACUGGUGAAAGUAUGUUUAAGGUGGACUGAGCUCACGUGUUAGUGAAUUUAAAGCUGUUUUUGCACUGCUGCAUUUUAGCGUAUGAUUGUUUUACUUUAGUUUCCAGUUUUGCUGCUUGAUAUUUUCCUUUUGAAUUUGACUGAACGUUUAUUUUCCUGGAGUGAUGAAUGACAUCAGGUUUUUUCAGUCAGAAAGUACUGUUUCUGUAGAAUCUUAGCUUUUAUUGCGCUGCCAUUAUACAUUAGUUUGGUGUCUUGUUCUGAAGAGUAUAUUUCCUGUAUGAUAAUAUAUAGCUUUGGUAACUCACAGUAUUUAUGUCCCUGUGCUGCUGCUGCUGCUGCUGCUGCUGAGUGGAUUUACUGCAGUAGAUUAAUAGAAUUUGGUUUGAACGUUUUUAACAAGGUUUCAUUUCUAACUUAUGUCAGACUUUUUUUCAUUUUGGACACAGUUCAGUUUCCAUUUUGUGUUUUGUUGCAAACUCAUCCGACUGAAGAGCUGAGCUGGUGUUUGGAUCUGAGGCCAACACGCAGCACCACAAUCGUUUUGUUCUGUUUUUUGUAUAAAUAAAGUUCUCAUGAAACCUC